CUCCCCUCUCCCCGCUCUCCUCAUCCAUCCAUCCACGCUUCCUCUCCUGUGCUGCUGCUGGACGGAGCGUUAGGAGCGCGCAGGAACGGUACCAGGGCUUCCCUUCAGACUGAUGGAGACUGGCUGAGGAGGAGAGACCAGGUCCGGCCGGCAGAGACCACCUCGAAGACCCCUGCAGGAAGGACUCUCCCGCUCCCGUUGCCGUGAGAGCCGGAGAAACGAGAGGGGAGACACGGGAGAUCCUCCAUCAUCUGAAGGUCUCCUGCCUCUCUUACAGUGCGUGUUGUGGUGAUUGUGUUUAACAUGCACGCUCCCAAGAGUGUGUAGUUUGAAGUGUCAAGAGUAGUGUUUAUUGUGUGUGUGUGUGUGUGUGUGUGUGUGUAUACUUAAGCACAGAGAUGGGCUCGGUGGGCGCGGAGCGCCGCAGGCCCACGCCCGUCCUGACGCCCGAGGAGAGGGAUGUAUGGAGGGAUGGAGGAAGAGCUGGAUGGAGGGAUGUGGGGAGGGAGGGAUUGAGAGAGGGAAGAGAGAGCGGGGUGGUGCAGAGCUACAGCUUCGACUCGUUCCAGCUGGAGGAGGAGGAGAUCAGUAAAGACGCCCCGGAGCGAGGAGUGCUGGCUCUGUCCGAGCCCGACUUUGAGGAGCCGAUCCCUGACGACCGUUACCAUGGCAUCUACUUUGCAAUGCUAUUGGCUGGAGUGGGUUUCCUGCUUCCCUACAACAGUUUCAUUACUGAUGUGGACUACCUGCACCACAAGUUUAAAGGGACGUCCAUAGUGUUCGACAUGAGCCUGACGUACAUCCUGGUGGCUCUGUUGGCUGUCAUCCUCAACAAUGUGCUGGUGGAAAGACUCAGCAUGCACACCAGAAUCACUGUGGGUUACAUCUUAGCUCUCGGGCCGCUGGUCUUUGUCAGUGUGUUUGAUGUGUGGCUGGCGAAGUUCACCACCAGGCAGGCUUACAUCGUCAACCUCGUGUCAGUGGGAGUGGUGGCCUUCGGGUGUACAGUGCAGCAGUCCAGUUUCUAUGGUUACAUGGGGAUGCUGCCCAAGAGGUACACACAGGGGGUGAUGACUGGAGAGAGUACAGCAGGGGUGAUCAUCUCCCUGUCUCGCAUCUUCACCAAGCUGCUGAUCACCGACGAGAGGAGGAACACGCUCAUCUUCUUCCUCGUCUCCAUCAGCAUGGAGAUGCUCUGCUUCCUGCUUCACCUGCUGGUACGCCGCUCCCGAUUCGUCCGCUACUACACCAGCCACUCCCAGGGCAAAGGUCCGGGCAGAUGUCACGACCCGCGUGACAACGGGACUGGAUACCGGGUUCAUCAUGAUGUCACUGCAGAGGAAGUAAGAUUUGGAAACGGUGGGACCGGACCGUCCUCUGCAGAGGAAGGCGUUGAGGACAAUGUGGGUGGGACGUAUGUGCGAUUUGACGCCCCGAAAGCCAGGAUAAGGAAGAGCUGGCCCGGCGUCCGAGACAUGAUCUUGCAUCGUUACGUGGUGUCCCGUGUGAUCUGGGCCUACAUGCUGUCUAUAGCAGUCACCUACAGCAUCACUCUGUGUCUGUUCCCCGGGCUGGAGUCAGAGAUACGAAACGUCACCUUAGGCGAAUGGCUCCCCAUCCUCAUCAUGGCCACAUUCAACAUGUCGGACUUUGUUGGCAAGAUCCUGGCUGCGCUGCCGUACGACUGGUCUGGAGGCCGUCUGCUCUUCUUCUCCUGCCUGAGGGUGGUCUUCAUCCCUCUCUUUGUAAUGUGCGUCUACCCGGCCAGGGCACCCACCCUGUCCCACCCCGCCUGGCCCUGUCUCUUCUCCCUCCUCAUGGGAGUCACCAACGGGUACUUCGGGUCAGUGCCGAUGAUCCAGGCUGCUGGCAAAGUACCGCCCGAACAGAGGGAGCUGGCGGGCAACACCAUGACUGUCUCCUACAUGACAGGAUUGAUGGUGGGCUCGGUUGUGGCUUACGCAGCUUACAGCUUCACAACCGACAUACACUGCACUCCAUCCACACUCAACAUACACCCACUCGCCAAUGCUACUGGGUAUUGAAUGUCCACACACAAAUAAACACACACAAACAUGCAUACAGUACAUCUACACACACAUGCAGCCUUUUACACACAUGAGAUCCAGGUCAGGAGAAGCAGCGCAGACUGAUGGACUCGAGUCCAGCUGCAGAGGACGAGAAGACAUCUAUAAAGCACUCUUUAAAGGUUCAUGUUUAUACUCUGAGAUUUUAUUGGUUAAAGAAAGGGGAAUAAGAGAUUUUAAAAAAUGGGAUUUAGUAGUGGAGGAAAUGAUGUGAAACAGUAAAAACGUAGCAGAUUUCUCCACUCUCUCGUUCUCCAGCCUAGUGGUCUAGUGACCUUCAAACGUCUCGACUGCUGUGAUGAUCUUUUCCCUGGAGGUGAAGAACGGGAGCUCAGAGGGGCCAACAGAAGCCCUUUGAGUGUCUCACAGUGAAAUUAUUGUCUGCAUGUGUGUGCGAACAGAGCGGCUGACAUUUGUACAGUGUAAAGUCAAGUGAUGUUUCGCUGCAGGGAGCGAGGGAGACCUUGUGUCAUAGGUCACGUAUGUUACUGUUGAUGUUCAGAAUAGCAAGGUGAUGUCAGUGCGGAGUUUUUCUGGACCAGUUGUUUCAGCUGUUUCCUUGUUAUAAUCUCCAGUGAGAUCCAUCCAUGGGGAUUUGAUUCGGGUAGUGUUAUUGAAAACCUCUGACCGCGCUGUUAAAAACUACAACUUAAGAGGAAGCCCAACUUAAUUCACAUUAAAUCAGAAGUUAGCACGUUUUUAGCUCCUGUGAUGUACAAGGGAAUAUGUGAAUAUAUGUGAGGGAUUUAAAUAAUUGAAAAUGCCAAACUGACCCACCGUAAUUGUGGUUUUACCUGAUCCCCAAAUCACAUUUGAUUGGAUAAAUGUGUGUAUAGGGUUCCAACGUUAAUGUUAUACAGGACGAGAAAAGAGGGGGAAUUUGAUAUAAUCACGCUGUUAAUGAUCUCUUGACAUGUAUUUAGCUUAUAAGAAGUGACUGCGAGACAGAAUUGGAACUUGGAAAAUGUAUUUUUUGUUUUACUGUGCCUUAAAAGGAAUUACAGUUUUUCAUUAAUUACAUACACGCGUCGUACAACUUACAAGAUACUGUGAAAACCUAAACUUGUUAUUGCAAUUUUAAAAAUCCAGUUGAUGUGUCACAUAGACUUAAUCUUAAUUGUCUUCCGUAACCAAAAAUGUAACUAUUGAAAUCUUUACAGUCCAUUUUGAGCUCGGUUGUCUAAUCUGGGAAAGCUUCAGUAUUUUUUUUCAAGGACAUUAUCAGCCUUAGAUAGGAUAUCUGAAAAGUAACUAAUGAGAAAUGAAUAAUGUCAAACCUUUAUGGAGUUAUUAUGAUUCUCUGCAUUAACACCUGCAGUUCCCUGUUCUGUUUAAUUACAUUAAUGCCAAAAGAAGAUGAGAAAAAGCAGAUUUCUGUCUUUUUUUUUUACACCCUCUAACGGCUGGAAAGUGAACUAAAUGUUGUGACAUUACCACGUGAGGUAGGGAGAUUAUGGCUGUGUCUUGCAGUUGUGUGUUUAAUGUCCCUCUGACCUGUGUCUGUGUGUAACAUCCGUGUAAUGAUGUGGGAUAUUAUGGGGAAACUAAUUAGUGCCAAAAAGUCUGAUCAGUGUUAGUAGCUGAGAAAAGAGUGAAUGUAAUAAACCGUUUAAGAGGAUGAAAGUUGUAAAUAUACAGAAUGAAAUGCACUCAAGGCAGUGAACAGAUCAUAUUUUAUUCAUGCGAAAGCCUCUAGAAAAUAUCAGAUUCAUAUUUUUUCUAGCUUUAUUCAGUAGAACCAAUCCAGAGAGCACCUGUUUCCUUUAUCCUUUCAACACAGCACUGAGCAGCUUCUUAGUUCCUCCACAUUUCCUGUUGGAUCUGAUAAAUUUUUCAGCGAUAAGAGGUUCUCCAGGUACAGCAGAGUUCACAGUUUAUACAUUAUGAAGAAAACAGGCCAACAAAGCCACGAAGAGCACUACAUUAUGUAGGUGACGGCUUGAAAGGAGCCUAAUGUAGGCACUGUUUGAAGAAUGGUAGGGUGCCAUUUGGGAGCCAACCUCAUUACUGUAUGUAUGUCCCGCUGUGCUGACAGUGCCAUAUUGCCUCAGGCCUCUGUCCUCUCCAUGAGCUGCUGGGUGUGAAGGUGUUUUUAGUUAUUUUUGGUCAGAUGUGUCAUUAAAGGACAUGAAAAGUCUCUUUCCCUUUCUCUCUCUCUCUCUCUCUCUCUCUCUCUCUCUCUCUCUCUGGUAGAAACUACAGGGCCAUUUGAGAGAAGGGAGAUCCCACUUUUCAAGGAAUUCCAUCUUAAACCGAUAUAUUAUGACAUUUGGGGAAAUAAACUUAUUUACUUUCUUGCCAAAAGUUUCAUGAGAAGAUUAAUAUCUAAAUUAAUAACUACAGCCAGCAGUCGUUAUGUUAGCUUAGCAUAAAUACAGUUUACAGCACGUCUAAAGCUUGCUAAUUAACAUUAGAUCGUAAUGUUACAUCUUGUUUGUUUAAACCAUUAAAAAACUAAGGGUAAAUGUUAAAAUGUUUUGAAACCAGCACCGUGAUUUGUCAGUGUACUAAACAGUUUAAGCUGCACUGGAGAAAAAUACUCCUGCAGAAUUUGACCGUAACAACAACUUUCAUCCAUUUAAAACUGACACUUUAAAAUCAUAUUAAUUACCUACUGUAAAAAAGACCACAUGCACACUCUUUUUUUCCACUGUUUUUUCAAUCAUUUAUCAUUUCAGAACAUAUUUUUGGCAUUAGCUGACUCGCUUUUAUCCAGGGUUUAACAGUAGAAUAAGCUUCACCAAAAUGAGAUCACCUAAAAUUACAGACAGCCGACCAUUUGGAGUGGAAAAGGCAGAGCCACGGUGGUCUGACAAAAUCACUAUUACAAGAAAGAAGUGUCAGGAAAACACAUAAAACAAGCGGCAGAAGGAAUGUUUGGAUAGCAAUUAGAGUGAAUUGGAGCAGAGAGGAAAGACAUAAGGCAAAGGCUUUGGCUUCUGAUGGGACGAGUUUGAAGGUUAUUCCACUGCUGAGAGAUUCAGUCUCUAUUUGAGUUGAUCGUGGAGCUGCAUGCGAACACACUGACCUAUAUAAAAUCUAGGGGAAAAGAUCUUUUAAUCUGAUAUCGUUCAGACUUCCUGUUCCUGCUUUUUAAAAAUCAGCCACAUUCUGCGAUAAUGUUUGUUUUCCUCUGUACUGACAGCAAAGAAUUUCUUUAGAAACCACGUCAUGCUGGCUAUUUUAGUCUGAGCACUCAUGUGACUGAACACUGUGAAAUAUCAGGAUGGUGUAAAAACAUUGCGUACAGACACUACACCAUAUAUACUGUAUAUAUCUACUGUAAUAUAAGAUAUUUUGCAGAUGAUAUUUGUGAAAAACAAUAGUAUAAGUGUGUUAGUGGGCCCCAAAUGAAGAAUUGGGCCUUUUUGGGGUCUAAUCAGCUUUUGAUGCAAAAUAUGUGCGUAUAACUAAAUUAUUCAAUGCCCAAACAGACCUCCCUGGUUUCAGACAAUUAUCUUUAGCUCUGUAUAUCAGUACGAAAUCUAAAGGUUAAUCAGGAUCAAAUUGUGGCCAUUCAGCUCUCCAUGUGUAACUCCUAACGCUAUUUAUUUAAAGAUGAUGCCCAUGCUUAACCUAUCAGAGUAGGUGCCAAACUGAAAUGUUGUUUUAUUGUAAAUAUGUUACAUGAUUUUGGUUUAAGAUCCUGGAUUUUCACAAAGCAGUCUGUUCGUGCCGAGCAUUGUCCCAUCGUCAGAGCUUAAUAAAACAGUUGUUUACA